CUGCAGAAAGUGUGUCCGUCUCCGGAGCUCAUGUCCCGGGUCCCACUGUCAGGAUGAUGGAACCAAGCGUGAACCACAAGGCCGAGAGAAGAGAGCAGCUCCAGGCCGACGACUCAGCACGACUCAGCACUUUACCACACUCACAGCAUUCCAGCAUGGAGGAGAGAGAGCACCUCCAGGUCUUCCUCCGAAUCCGACCCUUCACCUCAGCAGAGAGAAGCAGCGGAGAGCCGCUGGAUUGUGUUUCCAUCGAGUCUCCUGACGCGGUCCUGCUGAAGCCUCCAUGCCUGUCGCUCUCGGCGAGCGUAGACAAAUCCCUGCCACAGACUGGACAACGCUUCCAGUUCUCUCAGGUGUACGCUCCUGAGACGACGCAGAGAGAGCUGUUUGAAGGCUCAGUGAAGACCUUGGUGAAAAAUGUUCUUGAAGGAGAAAACUCGCUGGUGUUCACUUACGGAGUCACCAACGCUGGGAAGACCUUCACCUUCUUAGGUCCAGAUACUGAUGCAGGGAUCCUGCCCAGGUCUCUGAACGUCAUGUUCAGUAGCAUCGACAAGCAGGUUUUCGCCGGGACGACCAUCAAACCUCAUCACUGCAGAGGUUUCACAGGACUCAGCACAGAGCAGCAGGCGGAGGAGGCCAUGUUCAAGAGGAACCUCUUCAGGCAGCUGAAAGAAAGUGACCGGAGCAAUGCCAGCCUGCUGAACUCGACCGACAAGACGCUCACUGAAGGUGCCUCCAUCCUCGGGACGCCUGUGGCUGCAGAGGACAAAAUCAGCCUGGAUGUGCAAACGCAGGCUCAGUUCUCUGUGUGGGUUUCCUUCUGUGAAAUCUACAAUGAGAACAUUCACGACCUCCUGGAGGUGGUCUCCAGCGGGACCCUGAGGAGGACGGUGCUGCGCCUGUCACAGGAUGUCGGGGGCAAUGCCUUUGUCAAAGAUCUGCGCUGGGUUCAGGUCAACAGUGCAGAAGAGGCGUACACGGUGAUGAAGCUGGGGAAGAGGAACCAGAGCUUCUCCUCCACCCGACUCAACCACCUGUCCAGCCGGAGUCACAGUAUUUUCACAGUUCGCAUUUUGAGGGUUGACGCUAUUGGGACGGUGCCCAUAGUCAGCGAGUUGUGUCUGUGUGACCUCGCCGGCUCGGAGAGAUGCGCCAAGACUCAGAAUAAAGGAGAGCGUCUGAAAGAAGCUGGAAACAUCAACACGUCUCUGCUCAUCCUGGGGAAAUGCAUCAAUGCUCUGAGGCACAAUCAGCAGGCCAAGCUGCUUCAGCAUGUUCCCUUCAGAGAGAGCAAGCUGACCCACUACCUGCAGGGCUUCUUCUGUGGCCAAGGAAAAGUCUGCAUGAUAGUCAACAUCAACCCGUGCGCCUCCAUGUACGACGAGACCCUCAACGUCCUCAAGUUCUCUGCCGUGGCACAGAAGGUUGUAGUCCUGUCCACAAGGCGUCUUGCCUCUAAACCGCAGAGGUCGGCCUGUGACGUGCCCUUCGGCGGCGGCGGUGCCGAGAGGAAGACUCCUCCCAGUAGGAGGAGCUCUCUGAGCGACUGGGAGAGGAGCCUGGAGGAUGUGAAGGAGGAAGUGGACGGAGAGUACGAGGAAGGAAACAGCCUGAUGGAGGAAACUAUGGACCAGACCGGGAAUGGAGACGAUGGUGAAAUCCUCACCAGCAAACAGACGCAUCAGCAGCAGGUGGCGCUGCUGAGGCAGCUGCAGAUUGAGCUGAAGCAGGAGCGAGCGGCGGGUUUCCUCACCGAGGCGCGAGUGAGAGAGGAAAUCAGCAGAGAGUUCUCUGACCUUUUCUCAGAGAUGCAGAUCGACUUCAAUGAGCGCUUGGUGAGGGAGAGAGAAAUCUUGGAGGAGCGAGCAGACCGGAGGCUGGAGAUCUUUAAGAACCUCGUUGACAAGAUGACCAAAGCUGGAACCGGUCAGGAGGCAGAAGACAUGGACAAAUCUCUAGACUCCUCCGACCUGACAGCAGGUCAGAGUCUGGGCUCCGGGGAAUCAGGAGCCGUGCAGGAGCUGCACGAGCACCAGAAGAAAGUCCAAGAGCAGGAAGCUCAUAAACACAAAGGCGAAAGCAACGAAGAGGACGAGGCGACAAUGACGCUUCUCUCUCAGCUCCAGGAGAAGUCGUCAGAAGUUUCCCGGCUGGAGAAGCAGGUGGAAGAUCUGCAGAGGGCAGCAGAGAGGCGUUCCCGAGGCCGCUCCUCCACGCUGGAGAAGGAGAGUUCACCUGAGAGUUCACCUGAGAGAGAGCAGCUGCAGGAGGCGCUGGCAGCCCUGGAGAAGGAGAAGAAGGGCAGAGAAGAUGUGGUAUCUGCUCUUGAGUACCAGACUUUGGGCAAAGAGGAGGCUCUGGCUUCUUUAGAGGAGGAGAGGAAGGCAAGGGAGGACGCCAUUGCCUCAGUUGGCGAGCUGAAGCUAGGCAAAGAUGAGGCGAUAGCAUCCCUCGAAAGAGAGAGUAAAGACAAAGAGGACGCCAUAGCAGCGCUUGCAGAAGUGAAGGAGGCGCUCGCUGCUCUCAGUAAAGAGAAGAGCGUCGUAGAGGAGGCUCGCUCUCUUCUGGAGACGGAGAGGAUGAAGACCAGCAGACUGGAAGAGGAGAGAGAGAAGAGGCAGCAGCAGGUUGACGCCCAACAACAGGAAGUCAUGGACCUGACUGACCAAGUGGAAGCUGUGCAGCGUCAGGUGACAAGUGAGAGGGAGAGAGCAGAUCACGCGUCAGUCCAGCUGGACGAACACUCGAAGCAGCUCCAGGUGAAGACUUCUCAGAUCCACGUCCUGACGCUGGAAGCUCGAAACCUGAAGCUGCAGCUGGAGACCUCCACAGCUUCGCCCGGCAGCGUCGGGGAUCUGCUGAGAGACGAGGUGUCGGUGCUCAGGAGGAACCUGGCUGACGAGAAGGAGCAAAAUGAGAACAAGCGCCUUCAAACACUUGAGUUAGAGCGUGAGCUGCAACAGGUGAAGGAACAGCUGGAGCAAUUUAACGAGAAGCUUCAUCAACAGCACAAAGUUGAAGAGCUGAGGAAGAAGCUUCAGGAGCAGGAAGUGAUGUCACAGCAGGCACUGGAUGAGCUGAGAUCUAAGCUUGAAUGUCAAGAGCGUUCCUCCAAAGAAGACAGACACGAGCUCCGAGCAAAAGUAGACGAACAAAGACAGGCCUCAGAAACACAGCUGGAGGAGCUGAGAUGCAAACUGAGUGAACAACAAGAAACUUCUGACAGAGUCUUAGAUGAUCUGAGGCUAAAGUUCAGCGAACAGGGGAAAACUGCAGAGCUGCUCAAGGCCGAACUGGAAGAGGCUAGGUCAAAGGUCACCGGUUCCUCCUGCUCUGAAGAAGAGGUCAAGAGGUUAAACUCUGAACUCCAGACAGAGGUGGCAGCCCUGAGAGAAAAGCUUUCCAACGUAGAAGAAGCUAAAGCGUCUGCCUCCGAAACCAAAGCUCCGCUCGCCUCUUCAGAGACUGAGACUGAAACGGACCUGGAGACGGAGAAGAGGGCGUCUGCAGAGCUGCAGAAGAAGCUGCUGGAGAAGGAGCUUCAGGUGAACGUCCUGCAGAAGAGCCUGCAGGAGGCAGUGGAGCGGCGGGAGGAGGAGCAGAUCCAGGCGGUCCAGGAGGCUCGCCGCAGGGAGGCGGAGCGACGCAGGGAGCUGCUGGCCGUGGCUCACGAGGCCAUCGCUCAGAAGGACCAGGAUCUGGAGAAGAAAGGCGGCGAGAUCGACAGGCUGAAGGAAAACGCGAAGCUGGACUCAGCGAAGGUGCAGAGCCUCGGCCUGGAGCUGCAGAGGAAAGAGGAGGACGUGUCGGAGCUCAGGGAGAAGCUGGCUGACUACAAGAAGCAGGUCCAGCAGGUCCAGAAGGAGAUUUCUGCGAUGAGGGAAGAGGUGAAGGUUUCCAGACAGAAGCUGACGGACACGGAGAAAACCAAGAAGCAGCUUCAGUCUGAUGUGGCCAACAGAGACCGAACCAUCCAGCAGCUCAAACUGGAACAGUCAUGUGACACAAAGUCUGACCAGACGCUCUACCAGAAGUCCUGUAAAGAGCUUGAAGACAAAGGGCGGGUGAUGGAGGACAUGCGUCUGGCUCUGACGGAGCAGGAGGAGACUCAGGCGCAGAUGGAAGACGUCCUGGAGCAGAAGCUGAACCUCAUCCAGGAACUGUCCGACGAAUUGGACAAACUGAAGGCGAUGUUGUUGCAACAGGACGGUGGAGCCGACGCCCACUUUGUGGUCGACAGCUCGUCACAUGACGUCCAACAGGCCAAACAGGAAGCUGCACAGGCUCAGGACAAACUUAAACUGUGUACAGACAAACACCAGGCCGACCGCAAGAAGUGGCUGGAGGAGAAGCUCUCUCUGAUUGGCCAAGCUAAAGAGGCCGAGGACAAGAGGAACCAGGAAAUGAGGAAGUUUGCCGACGACAGAGAACGUUACGCCCGCCAGCAGAACCAGAUGGGGGCGCUGUCGUCCCAGCUGACAGAGAAGGACCAGACCAUGGAGACAUGGAGGAAGGAGAGAGACACUCUGGUGGCAGCUUUGGAGGUUCAGCUCCAGAAACUUCUCUCCAGUCAGGCAGAGAAAGACAAACUCAUCCAAGAGCUACGGCUCAAAUCCCCACAGCCGCCACCAGAGUGUGAUGCUGGUGAUGGUGUCGGAGGUCAUGAUGGCGUCGGUGGUCGUGAUGGCGUCGGUGGUCAUGAUGGCGUCGGUGGUGUGGGCGUGGCAGAGCUGCAGGCGGCUCUGCGUGAGAGGGAGGCCGACAUCCAGCGCCUGAAGGAGGAGCUUAGAGCCUCCUCGGUCCCUCAGGACAAAAGCAGCGAGAGCCCUGCUACCGUGGCAGGGAAACCCCAGAGGGAAACCAUCAGAGAGUCAGAAGGACGGACCAGAGCGUCCGUGAGCAGCCAAGGCUCCGCUGGCUACCCAUCUGUUCUCGAUGCGUCUGAGAUCUCCACAGAAAACGGACGGACGAGCCGCUUCCCUCGGCCCGAGAUGGAAAUCUCCUUCAGCCCCUUGCAGCCCAACCGCAUGGCCCUGAGGCGCCAGGGGGAGGAGAGCGCCGUCACCGUCAAGAUCACCCGCUCGGCACGCAAGAGGAAGAGCGCAGAGAUGGAGAAGGAGCAGGUGGAGGCAGAUAACAGAAGGAACACAAAAACCAAACUGACGACAAAGCUGACGCCACACAAAGAGGAGGUCUCGUCCCCGGCGACUCGCGGCAGGAAGGAAGGGACGCUGCAGAAGAUCGGAGACUUCCUGCAGAGCUCGCCCACGCUGCUCGGCUCUAAAGCGAAGAAGAUGAUGAGUCUGGUGAACGGUCGGGUUGAUGCCUCCUCCUCUUCCUCCUCCUCUUCCUCCUCCUCCUCCUCCUCCUCCUCCCUCAGUCUGAGAGCAAACAAGAACAAGAAGAAGCUGUACAGGCCGGAGAUCUCCUCGCCCAUGGACAUGCCCUCACACCCAAUCAUCAGCCGAGAGCCGGUGGAGAGAGAGAGCGACCAUCAGAUCAUCAGGAGGCAUCUUCGCUCCAAGAUGAUGAAAUGAGGAACGCUCAGAUUCUAAAGAAUAGGAUCAGAAUACAGAAAGAGAAAGAUCGGAUCUGAACGGAGAGUCGCUGUUAGCAGUUAGCUUAGCAUAAAGACGGGAAGCUAACCUGGUUCAUAUCUCAGUCUUAAUUCACAGUUAAUUCCUUUGAUGAUCAAUAAUCAGCUGACUGAUGAUAAAAACAGUCAUUAAUUCUUCUUCACUUUAGACAACGUGCUGACUUUACUUUAAUGUGCAAUGAACCCUCGAUGUUCUCGUGUCGGAAGGAUUUUUCUCGAGAUUUGUUUUAAUCUGCUGUUACUUUAUAUUUAGUUUCAUAUAUUUUACUUUUCUGUUUGUUAAAAGAGGAGUUUUAUCUCGAUCUCGUGUGAAACCACUGAUUUAAGCUCCAUGUUGUGGAAGAGAAAUGGUUAAAAUCACUUAAGCUACAGUUCAGAAGUUCCCGCUGCACUUUAUCCCCGAGGUCAAGA